GUAAAACAAUUCUUUUACAAGAAAAAGAAAAAAAAAUAUCUCCCUUGCCGGAGAUAUUGUACUGCAAAAUAAGACACGCUUCUUCACCUUAUCCAAAUCCUCCUCCGUAAAACCCCUGCAAACAAACCCCAUUCUUCAAUGGCAACCUAACCCAAAAUCUCCAUUUCCCGUAAUUAAAAGAAAUGCUUCAAUCUUUUAAUUCAACGAAUUCUUCAAUGGAACUCUCAUCAUCUCUUACACCCUUCUCGAAAAAGCUCUCCGAUAUCUCAUUCUCUUCAUCCCUCUCCCCCUUCCCACUUCAACUCUACCCACAAACAUCAAAACCCAAAAACCUCCGCGUCCUCGCUGUUGCUGUCGGCCCAUCGCAAGAGCUUCCCAGAAACAGCCCGCAAAGACUCCUAAAAGAGCUUGCCCAUCGUAAAAAAGCCACAGCUCCAAGGAAAAAAGUACCCCCCAAAAGGUUCAUACUGAAGCCUCCCCUCGAUGACAAAAAACUGACAGAAAGAUUCCUAAACAGCCCACAAUUAUCCUUAAAACAGUUCCCUUUGUUAAGUUCUUGCCUGCCUUCUUCAAAGCUUAACACUGCUGACAAUACUUGGAUAGACGAGUAUUUGCUUGAAGCUAAGCAAGCUUUGGGGUAUCCUUUGGAGAAAUCUGAUGAAUUGGGAGAUGAUAAUCCGGCGAAACAGUUUGAUACUCUGUUGUAUUUGGCGUUUCAGCAUCCUUCUUGUGAUAGGACUAAUGCUAGGCACGUUAGGUCGGCUCAUUCCAGGCUUUGGUUUUUGGGGCAAUAUGUACUGGAGUUGGCUCUGGCGGAGUUUUUCUUGCAGAGGUAUCCGAGGGAAUCGCCGGGGCCAAUGAGGGAAAGAGUGUUUGGUUUGAUUGGGAAGAGGAAUUUGCCUAACUGGAUUAAAGCUGCUAGCUUGCAGAAUCUAAUCUUUCCUUAUGAUGAUAUGGAUAAAUUGAUUAGGAAAGACCGGGAACCUCCUGUGAAGUCCGUCUUUUGGGCUCUGUUUGGGGCAAUAUACUUGUGUUUUGGUAUGCCGGAAGUGUAUCGUGUUCUUUUUGAAGUAUUUGGAAUGGAACCAGAAGCUGAUGACUGCCAGCCACGAUUAAGGAGACAACUUGAAGAUGUAGAUUAUGUUUCUGUUGAAUUUGAAGGGAAUAAGCUCAGUUGGCAGGAUGUUGCUACUUAUAAGCCACCACAGGAUGCACUUUUUGCACAUCCAAGGCUAUUCAGGGCUUGUGUUCCACCAGGUAUGCAUCGGUUUCGGGGAAAUAUCUGGGAUUAUGACAGCAAACCACAAGUUAUGCAGAUACUGGGAUAUCCCUUGGCAGUAAAUGAUAGAAUACCCGAAAUUACUGAAGCCAGGAACAUUGAACUCGGGCUUGGGCUACAGCUUUGUUUUAUGCAUCCAUCAAAAUACAAGUUUGAACAUCCUCGGUUUUGCUUUGAGCGGUUGGAGUAUGUCGGCCAGAAGAUCCAGGAUCUGGUUAUGGCGGAGAGGUUGCUGAUGAAGCAUCUAGACGCCCCUGGAAGAUGGCUACAAGAGAAGCAUCGCCGUGUUCUUAUGAACAAGUUCUGCGGGAGGUAUUUGCGGGAAAAGUAUAUGCAUCGUUUUAUCAUCUACUCGGAGCAAGUUCAAGGUGCGUAUGAGAACAAUCGAAGACUCCGGAACCCUGCCACAACUGCUGUUCAGCAGGCCCUCCAUGGCCUUUCAUACACUGUAUAUGGUAAGCCAGAUGUGAGACGCCUUAUGUUCGAGGUUUUUGACUUUGAGCAAAUUCAACCUAAAUCUGUGUAAAUAUCUGGACACUGAUUCGUGAAAGCUUAUUGUUUGAAUUGAAGUACGGGAAAAUUGGAUGGUUGAAUUUGGUUUUAAAGAUGGAACUAAUGAGGUUUGGUCGAUUAUUUGAUAUUGGGUUGGUUUCGAUGAA